AUGCAUGAGCAAGACUCAGCUGGCCCUGAAGCAGGAAGAGACCAUGCUAUGGAAACUGGGAGCAGUGGGGGAUUCUGGGAAAGCUCUGGGCAGAAGAUCCUGGGAGAGGAGGACACCCUUCGCUCAGAGGCGCAGAGCCAGCAGUUCAGGCAGUUCUGCUCCCAGGAGGCCAAAGGACCCCGAGAGGUUUGCAGCCAGCUCUACCACCUUUGCCACCAGUGGCUGAAGCCAGAAAGGCACACGAAAGCUGAGAUGCUGGACCUGGUGAUCUUGGAGCAGUUCCUGGCUGUCCUUCCGCCGGAGAUGGAGAGCUGGGUGAGGGAAUGCGGAGCGGAGACCAGUUCCCAGGCAGUGGCCCUGGCCGAAGGUUUCCUCCUGAGUCAGGCAGAGGAGAGGAAGCAGGCGGAGAAGAAGCAGGUGAGAGAGACUUUCCUCUGGAUGCUCCCAAGGGGCUCCAAACAGGAGGGAGAAGAUCCCUAAAUCUCAUCCUUUUUGGAAAGUAUCCAAGGUGCUAUAUUGGACAUCCCUAAAUAUUUUGCUCCUGCCAUUCCUUUUUUAAUAGUUCUCAUUCUUUGUUUGAAUCCUUGUUGCUCUUACAGGGAAAGGAUAUUUUUGCAAAAAUCGGUCCUGAUUCCUCUGAGGCAGAGAGGACUUCGUUGGACACCAGAGAGGGGCCACUGGGUAAGGAAGAAGGAAUUUCUUCUCAGUCUGGCCACAUCCUGUUAUUCUCAAAACAAUCUGUGGUUUCUGUCAGUGUUUUGGGUAUGACACUUGAGGCCAAGAGGCCAAGGGAGAUGAGAUAUAUUUGAACAUAAGUAAAAUAUGAAGUGGGGACAAACUCCCAAAUGCACCUCUGAGAGAAGCAUCAUGCACUCCUGUCUCCCCACUUCCCUUUGUCUCUCGCAGGUGAAAGAAGGAUGCCGGCAAGACCUCCUCCUCCAUCUCUUCAUCCUGGUGGAGGGGAAGCAGCGGCUAAGAAACCGGAUCAGGUGCGGGGAAGGAGCCUUGGAGGGGGGGAAGGAUGAUUUGUGGGGAGACAGGGCAUUUCUGGGGGCAAAUGAAUCUCUCUCCUGCUCUUUUUUCUUCUGUCAAAUCUGGAAAACUAGCGUGCUUGCAGAGACAGAAUGAUUUGAAGAAAUAAACAUACAGUUCCAUCCAUUUUCACUAAGAUUCAUGCCCAUCAUUAAAAACAGCAUGAAAGAUUCCCAAAACAUUAAAUUAUGCACCCACAGUCAAAAUGUGCAGCAAACAAAUCUGAUUAAUGCAAUGCAGGCAGAAAGAGCAACGUGCAGGAAAUAAUCUUUAUGUUGUGUAAGAAAUGGACCUUUUUUCUUUUAGGGUCCAGUUUGUUUUGAAGAUGUUGCUGUUUGUUUCACGGCUGAGGAGUGGGCGUUGCUGGAUCCUGCCCAGAGAGCUCUGCAUAAGGAAGUCAUGGAGGAGACUUGGAGGAUCAUGAACUCUCCCGGUAAGAUUCCCUGUUUGGUUAUAAUAGUUGUUUUGACAUUCAGUCAAUAUUUUUAUAUUACAAACCACCCAGAUUUUGAUGGAUCUCAACUUUGCCACCUAGAGUAUCAGGAGAUAUGUGUUAAUCUGAAUUCAUGAUAUAGUUUAUCUCUGUAUGAGAUUGACAUAACUCUAAUAUGACAUGAAAGCCCCCAUGGUGUCUGCAUCCUGAAAGGCAUUCAGGAAUAUCCUGAGUUCACACACAUCAGGCAUUAUCAACACAUGCAAAUAUAGGGUUGCUCAUUGCAGGAUUCUCAGCUCUCCAGUGGGAUCCACCCACCCCCUGGCAAGGGGGUGUAAAGGCAGGUUGGAGACAGAGAUGUCUAGGUUUAGAUCAUUGCUCACGAUCGCAAGUCUUUCACCUUGUUGUUAAACGGAAACAGGAUGACCAAAGAUGGGCAAGGUGAGAAAGAGGCAGGAAGAUCUUGAUGGAAUUAUAGAAAUUGUAGGAAUCACUGCCCCCUCUCCUAUUGUCAGGGGCUGGACUGAGGAGGAAUGGUGGGGGCUGCCCCCCUUCUCCUGAACCUUCCCAUGGGCACGAAGCUGUUCCUCCUGCUUCUGUAUCUAAGGGAAGAAGCAGCUCAGCAUGUCUGCCAAAAAGGUUUUCCCAAAGAAAGCACCCCUGCCAGAUCUCAAACUUUAUUAUGAAUCAGCAGCUUUUUGCUGGUUGAAAGAAUGGCUGCUUCUUGAAAACACUGACAUUUUGGACCUAGAAGGUUUUAACAAUGUAUUUGGAUGGCAUGCAUAUCUGUGGUAUGAUAAGGUCAAAGCACAUAAAGCAUUUAAAAACCACAUUGUCAGGAAAGCGCUGUUUAAUGUUUGGAUAAGAUAUAAGGAUUUGCUAGAAAACAAAACCCCAAGGUGGCUGUCACCAAUGGAAGCGAAAGCCUUGAAAAAGGUCAAUAUUGAGGUCAAAUGGCCGAAAUAUUGGGAAAUUUUGGAACAAGAUGGAGAUAGACUGAAAUUGCAGAGUUUCGAAAAACUAAAAAACAAAGUGCGAGACUGGCUUCAUUAUUAUCAGAUAACGGAGGCAUUUAAAUUGGACAAGAAAAUUGGCUUCCAGGUGGAAAAAUCAAAAUUAGAAACUGAAUUGUUAGAACCCAAAACCAAGAAUUUGUCAAGAAUGUAUAACUUGCUGCUGAAAUGGAACACUCAGGAUGAAACGGUAAAAUCUGCUAUGAUUAAAUGGGCACAAGACGUUGGACACAACAUUAUGUUUGCUGACUGGGAACAGUUAUGGACCACAGGUAUGAAAUUUACGGCAUGUAAUGCCCUAAGAGAGAAUAUUAUGAAAAUGAUAUACAGGUGGUACAUAACCCCAGUCAAGCUUGCAAAAAUCUAUCAUUUGCCCGAUAACAAAUGUUGGAAAUGUAAAGAAACUGAAGGUACAUUUUUUCACCUCUGGUGGACGUGCCCAAAGAUUAAGGCUUUCUGGGAAAUGAUAUAUAAUGAAUUAAAAAAGGUAUUUAAAUAUACCUUCUUGAAGAAACUAGAGGCCUUUCUCCUGGGCAUAGUCGGCCAAACGGUGUUAAAAAAGGAUAGAACCUUCUUUAUGUAUGCAACAACAGCAGCAAGAAUACUUAUUGCAAAGUAUUGGAAGACACAAGAGCUCCCCACACUGGAGGAAUGGCAGAUGAAACUGAUGGACUAUAUGGAAUUGGCGAAAAUGACUGGUAGAAUCCGUGACCAGGGAGAAGAGUCGUGGAGGAAGAUUGGAAGAAAUUCAAAGACUAUCUGCAGAAACAUUUCAAAAUUAAAGAAUGUUAGAGUGAUGUUGGAUUGAAAAUAAGUGGCUUCUAGCUAUACAGGCUUUAAAGUUAUAUAUAGAUUAAGAUUAAGGAUUAGGAUUAAAAAAAAGUUAAAGGAAAUGGAAAGUUGGUUUUUAAGAGGUAAAAAAUUUAAUGUUAUAUUAAGAUUAAGGAUUGGGAUUAAAAAAGAGGGAAAGAAAUUGCUGGACAAACAAAUUGAACUGGAAUACAAAAGAGGGAGGUAUGAGGAGGUCCAGAAAAUAAGUAAAUUUAAAAAGGGUGAUGAAAAAGUGGUACUGUUUUUAACUGGUUUUUUUUGUCUUUUUUUUUUUUUUUGAUUAUGUAUUGUGUAUUUCUGAAUUGUGUAUUUUUCUUUUUUUAUUUUUAAUUUUGUUAAAAGAAAGCACCUCUGGGGUGCCUGACACACGCAGCUGGUCCUGGGCUCCUGCUCUGGAGAAAGGAAACUCAAGAGAGGGAGGGAAGGGUGCGCUGCUUAAGCUCAUAUUCCCAAGGGUUAAAAAGAACUGAGCUAGAUUCCUAGAGAGAACAGGAAAUAAAUCUAAGACGGGCUGGCCUUUCAGAGGAAAAGCCCCUUCCUCCCCAGUCCCUUCCUGCAAGAGGAGGGGGCUGUGGUCUCCUUUGCAAAUGGUGCUUCGGUGGCAACACCUGGGCUCUGGUGCAGUCCAGUCCUGGUUUCUGAGCCAGAUUCAUCCAAACUUGCUCAUUUUUUAUUUGUUUCUGUCAAUUUUUGGGGGACCAAAGAGAUGACUAACUUUAGAGAUGAAGACGAUUUCAUGAACGGGCCAAACAAAAUCCAUCCCAGAAAAGAGCCAGACUUUUCGAAUCUGAGGUUGCCAUAAAGAUGGCUGUGGAUUGUAUUAAUAUUUCCUUGUAUUAAUAUUUCCCAUCUAAAUCCUUUCAGUUCUUCCUCUCUCACAAGCGCUAAUGAGCAUUGUUCAAUAAUUGGGGGCUUCAUAUCAUCCUGAUGCUCUAAUUCAUCUCUCUCUUCAUUUUAGGUGCUGAGGAAUUAGAAAUGAAGAACAAGGGAAACCAUGAGAAGAUCCACACAGUGCAGAAGCCAUAUCAGUCUUUGGAAUGUGGAGAUAACUUCACUAACAGCUCCAAUUCCAUGUCUCAUCAAAAUCCCAUUGGGAAGAAACCAUAUCAGUGCUUGGCUUGUGGAAAGAGCUUCAGUAGAAAGGACAAUCUCACUUUCCACCAAAGAAGUCAUAAAGGAGAGAAACCCUAUCAGUGCUUGGAAUGUGGAAAGAGCUUCAGUAAGAGCUCCGAUCUCACUUGCCAUCAAAGAAUCCAUACAGGGGAGAAACCCUAUCAGUGCUUGGACUGUGGAAGGAGCUUCAGUAUGAAGGCCUAUCUCACUUCCCAUCAAAGAAUUCAUACAGGGGAGAAACCCUAUCAGUGCUUGGAAUGUGGAAAGAGCUUCCGUCAGAGGGUCAGUCUCACUUUCCACCAAAGAAUCCAUACAGGGGAGAAACCCUAUCAGUGCUUGGAAUGUGGAAAGAGCUUCAGUAUGAAGGCCUAUCUCACUUCCCACCAAAGAGGUCAUACAGGGGAGAAACCCUAUCAGUGCUUGGAAUGUGGAAAGAGUUUCAGUAAGAAAUACUAUCUCACUUCACAUCAACGAAUUCAUACAGAGGAAAAACCUUAUAAGUGCUUGGAAUGUGGAAAGAGCUUCACCAGGAAGGACAGUCUUACUUCCCAUCAAAGAGUUCAUACAGGAGAAAAACCCUAUCAGUGCUUGGAAUGUGGAAAGAGCUUCAGUUGCAGCUCCAGUCUCACUUCUCAUCUAAAAAUUCAUACAAGACAGAAACCCUAUCAGUGUUUGGAAUGUGGAAACAGCUUCAGUCGGAAUAUUGAUCUCACUUCCCAUCAAAGAAUUCAUACAGGGGAGAAACCAUAUCAGUGUUCGGAAUGUGGACAGAGCUUCAGUUGGAAGAUAUAUUUGUCUUACCAUCAAAGAAUUCAUACAGGGGAGAAACCCUAA